AUGAUAUUAGGUAUAGGCGAUGGAACCUUUGCGAUUCUGUUUGUCACAGUUUUUGGGAUUGUUAUGACCCUUGUAGGCUCUUAUAUGCUCCCCCGACUGGCUAUUGUGAUUGGCGCGGUUUCUCUUUCGUUACCUUUUAUUGUAUACGGUUGUAUUAUUUCAGCCCCACACGGUCCUGUGCCUCCACCAAUGCCACCAACAUCAUAUAAUAGGGAACAGCCCCUUCGUAUGGAUAUUGCGCUAGUGGAUUAUUUUCUCCCUGUUCGUAUUGUAGCGAUGCUUGUUUUGAUUCUCGCUUUGGCUGCUGGAGUUGGAUAUUACGUUCUAUUGGUGGUACGGGAACCACCAUAUAAGGCACCACGUGUAUAUUCUCUACGUGAACAACUGGAGGAGUUGCAUCCAACAUGGUAUAGAUAA